AUGGAGGUGAUCGUCAUCAGCCACGGCGAGCACUUUGGCGGAGGUGGCCAGGAUCCGCUGCAGACGGCGCUGCAAGACCUGACUGCGCCCAUCCCAGAGGAUGCCGACGCCGAGACGCUGGAGGCACGCCGCGUUCAGCUCGUCGAAAGCGCCAACAGGCUGGCCAGCAGGAGACGCCUUUCGGAGGCCUACCAGCGUGAGAUGCACCGUGCCGUCGGUGGCACGCGGGCACCUGGCCACCACCCCGAGCUCCCCGCUCCCCGUUUGCGCCUGCCCCGACCGGCUCCGGCCUCCCGCCGGCUCCUGCGCCGCGCCCCCGCGCGGCCCUGGGCUCGUACCGGCGUCCUCCGCCGGGUGCCUGCGUGCUCGGCCUCGCCUGGCUGCCCCGCGCCCCGGCGGCGCAUCUGGGUCCGCCCCGCCUCAACCGGCCACAGCUGCGCCCGGGCGCCUCGCUUGGCCUCUGCUCCACCCGAGCUCCUCGCGAGCACCUCCCCCUUGCCUCUGCCUGGCCGGAGCGCCUCCGCCAGCCACCGCCUCCAGCCACCUGUGCGCCCGCACCACGAGCUCAGCCUCCCGUCGCAGGCGCCGCUUGGCCCCCCGUCCAGCUUCGCGCGCACCGGCCUCCCGCCCUCCGCGCAACCCGGCCCGGCCGGCUCCGCGCCUCCCGGGUUCAGCUCCCCCCGCGCCGACUCGCCGCCUUGCCCGCCCGCCGGCUCCCGCGGGCCGGCUUCGCCUUGCCUCGGCCGCCUUGCCCCGCUAGCCGGCGUCCGCCUCGUCGCUCCUCCACGCGGCCGAGUGCCCCACGCCCGCGCCGGCUCCCCUCGCUCAUCGCCUGCCGGCUCCCGCCACUAG